AUGAAGGCCAAUCCAACCGAAUCUAGUCACAACGCUUCCCAGCCCUCUUCCCAGGUUCUUUCCUUGGUGUCCUCAUUCCUCGCCGAACAUGGAUUCCACUCAACCAUCAAGGCCCUCAAGAAAGAGCUCAAACGAACGAAUCAAUCGGCAGAGGUUCUUACCAUCAGAGAUUCGCAAGAUGGCGUCAACCUACAAGAGAUCGUGGAGAACUGGAACAAGCAAGGGGAACUACAACCUACGCAGUCUUCUUCGGAGGACAACUCAUCGGAUGCGAGCGAGAGCGCCACAUCAGGGUCAGCCUCAGAGUCCAGCGGUGCAAGCAGCGCUGAGGAGAGCGACGGGAGCAUGAGCAGCGAGGACACAUCCGCAUUAGAGUCUGAGUCCGAGUCAGGAACUGAUGAAGAAAAAAUCAACAAGAAGUUGUCCUCAAAUCUCAAGAAGGUCAAGGCCAACAAGAGAGAUCCGUCCCCAUCGAGCUCUUCAUCAGCGUCCUCCGACAGCGAUGCCGACGACGAGCGAGAGAUUGGUGCCAAAGCCAAAGCCAAGGUUUCACGGAAGAAGUCUCCAAGCACCUCGAAACUAGCUGAAAAGGCCCCGACUCUCAAGCGCAAGGCGCGAUCUAGCUCACCAGAAUCGUCUUCUUCAGAUGCAGAUUCGGACUCGUCAGAUGAUGAUCGGCCGGUAAAGCGAGCAAAGACUGAUGCCAACAAUGACACAGAAAAGACUUCCUCGAGUGAGGUAUCUUCUUCUAGCUCGGACGAAGAUUCUGAUGAUGCCAAAGAUUCAUCAAGCGAAGCAGAGAAAGUGGAGGACGAAGGAAUGAGCACCGAUAUGUCCAAGGACCAAGCAGAACCGGACGGUGCGGCUGACGAUCUAUCUGAUUCGUCCUCAGGCACAGUCACGGGAGAUGUUGUUGAGCCAGACGUAUCAUCUGCAAGACAACUUGGAGCAAUCAUAAACAAAGACGAUAAGCAACCCGUGGCCGGCAAGAAAGCGCAUGUGGGUGCGAGACCGACCCCACUGGCGCAACUAUCAGCGCAGGCCACCGCGGACUCUCAUAUCAGCAAUGCCUACCGGAGCUAUGAUUACGCCGACCGAGCAUACAAGGACCUGUCUGUCACCCGAGGCAAAGGAUUCACCAAGGAGAAGAACAAGAAGAAGCGGGGCAGCUAUCGCGGAGGAGCCAUUGACAUUAGCGGUGGAAAGGCUUUCAAGUUCGAUGACUGA